CCCCUCAAGGAAGAGAGAGUAGAAAUAUCAAGCCCCUCAUUUGUUUAUUUUCGGGAUCCGCUUCAUUUGUUUCGUGUUGCAUCUUGCCUUUUUUUUCUCCUGUGCCUCCCUCUUUAUUUCUCUCUUCGACCCAUGCUUGAAUGAUACAAGUUAAAAAAAAUAAAAAAAAUAUAGAUUAUGACUCGUCAAAAUCCUGAAAAGACCCAGACUUUCCUCCCAAUUCUGGCUGACCCCUCGAACUUUCAAAUGCCAUGGGUGGAAAAAUCCCAGCAGAGGAGGAUGAGGAUGCACUAGGAAUUCAAAGAAAACUACUCGCUGCUGUUUUGAGCUUGCCGAAGUUUUUUGUUUUGUAUUUUUGCAGAUGGGCCCUUGGGUGAAUGAAUUACUGGGGAUUUGCCCUUCUUCUCUUGUGGACUGGGGAUGGUGGUGUUACGGGGCUGACAAAGGUAUCCUUAGAUUUGGAAACUAGGGCUGGUGUUGCUUUGGUGGCCAGAUUCAUUUCCAGAAAUUAUCUUGCAGGAAUAGAUUGAAUGAAGUUUCUUAGAGCAAAUGUUAAGAUCGUUGUGCUGUGGCUUGCUGGUCUCUGCUCUGUUGCUUUUCCAAUCAUCUGCUGUUGAGAUUGGCUUCCCUCGAUGCAACUGCGAUGGCGACAGCAUCUGGACCGUCGAAGGUAUUCUCCAAUGUCAGAAAGUGAGUGACUUCCUCAUUGCUACAGCCUAUUUCUCUAUUCCCUUGGAACUUCUAUACUUCGCCACUUGCUCCAAUCUUUUCCCUUUCAAAUGGAUAGUUAUCCAGUUCGGUGCCUUCAUAGUUCUUUGCGGGUUAACCCACCUUCUCAACGUCUUCACCUACGAACCCCAUUCUUUUCUAUUGAUGCUGAGCCUCACCAUCUCCAAGUUCUUCACUGCCCUUGUCUCCUUUGCGACGGCGAUAACCCUAUUGACUUUGAUCCCUCAGCUCUUGAGAAUCAAAGUGAGAGAGAAUUUCUUGAGAAUAAAAGCCCGGGAGUUGGAUCGAGAAGUUGGAAUGAUGAAGAUGCAGGAGGAAACAAGUUGGCAUGUGAGAAUGCUGACUCAAGAGAUUCGGAAAUCACUUGAUAGACACACCAUCUUGUACACCACUUUGGUUGAGCUCUCAAAUACUUUGGGGUUGCAAAAUUGUGCGGUGUGGAUGCCAAGUGAGGAUAAGAAAAAGAUGAAUCUGACUCAUGAGCUGAGACCGAGGAUCCCUUCAAACUUGUAUAGCCAAUCGAUUUCCAUUGAUGACCCGGAUGUAUUAGAAAUUAAAGAAGCCAAGGGUGUGAAGAUACUAAGACCGGAUUCAAUGCUUGCUUCUGCCAGUGGUGAAGGAUCUGCUAUUGAACCAGGACCAGUGGCUGCGAUUCGAAUGCCAAUGCUAAAAGUUUCCAACUUCAAAGGCGGGACACCGGAAAUUAUUCAAACCCACUAUGCAAUAUUAGUCUUAGUUCUCCCGGGUGGUAAUUGUAGGCAUUGGAGUAGCCAUGAACUGGAGAUUGUUGAAGUGGUGGCUGAUCAGGUCGCUGUAGCCCUCUCACAUGCUGCAGUUUUGGAGGAAUCCCAGCUGAUGCGAGACAAAUUAGAGGAGCAGAAUAGGGCUUUGUUGAGGGAAAAAGAGAAUGUUUUGAUGGCAAGUGAAGCAAGGAAUUCUUUCCAAAAUGUUAUAAGUCAGGGGAUGAGGAGACCGAUCCAUUCUAUUCUCGGCUUGCUGUCUAUGCUGCAACAAGAUAAAUUGAAUCCUGAACAGAGGCUCAUUGUCAAUACUAUGUCUAAAACCGGUGGUGUAGUUUCAACUUUAAUCAAUGAUGUGAUGGAAAUAUCCACUAUAAACAAUGAACGGCUUACUUUAGAGCCAAGAUCUUUCAGGUUGCAUUCUAUGAUUAAGGAGGCUGCUAGUGUCGCAAGAUGUUUAUGUGAUUGUAGAGGUUUUGGUUUUGGGUUUCAGGUUGAGAAUGUUGUUCCUGAUCGAGUUGUAGGUGAUGAGAAGAGGAUCUUUCAAGUAAUAUUGCAUAUUGUGGCAAAUUUAUUGAAUGGGAGCGAUGAAGGAUUUGUUGCAUUCAGAGUUUGUAGCUAUAAUGAGGAUAAAGACAGGCUAGAUCAGAGAUGGAUGCCGUGGAAAUCAAACCUUUCUGAUGGAUAUCCUUGUGUGAAGUUUGAGAUUGCAAUCAAGAAACCAGAAAAUAGUGAUUCAAGUUCAUUGGUACAGCUUGCUUGGUGGCCUAAUUCUGAAGCUUUUGACAUGGGCCUUAGCUUCAGCAUGUGCAAGAAGAUUGUGCAGAUGAUGCAAGGGAACAUCUGGGCUAUCCCCAAUCCUCAAGGCACCCCAGAGACCAUAAUUCUAAUCCUUCACUUUCAGCUACAGCCUCUCACUCCAUUAUCUGAACUUGGAGGGGGAGGAUCUUUAGAUCACCAGAACCACCACCAGAUAGCUUCCACUCCUCAAUUCAAAGGCCUCAGAGUUUUAUUAGCUGACGAUGAUGUUGUCAAUAGAGCAGUCACUCGAAAGCUCCUUGAGAAGUUAGGAUGCUACGUAACCUCAGUCUCUUCUGGAAUCCAAUGCCUUGGUUCCCUUGGCUCUUUUGGAACCCCACCGUUUCAGCUUAUAAUCUUGGACCUGAAUAUGCCUGGAAUGGAUGGGUUUGAGGUGGCUCUGAAGAUCCGGAAGCUUCGGAAUGGGUCUUGGCCGGCGAUUCUGGCUUUGACAGCGAGUGCAGAGGAUGGGGUUUGGGGAAAGUGCUUGCAGUCUGGGAUGAAUGGGUUGAUUCGUAAGCCAGUGGUUUUGCAUUCCAUGAGAGAAGAGCUUUAUAGAGUCCUGCAUAAUACCUAGAACAGUAAGCGUAAACUAGUUCAUUGUUAUGCAUCAGCAUCUCUCUAUGUUGAGCCAGAUUUAUCAUGAUCAAUUUCUCUAUCUGGGCCUAGGCUGCGACGGUGUUUUACUUAAAUUCUUUCUCCAUGGACGCCCAUCAUAUUUUGAUGUUACCCAUUGUGAGCAUACCAAACUUAUGUAUACAGAACUCAAGAUAGUGUUUUUUGAUUCAACUUUGUGUCGACACGCCAUAGAUUAUACACCGAGAACUGAGCAACUGGAUGCAGAUAGUUGGUAGAUUCAUUUAUUUUCUUGGUCGAUGUUAAAGAGGAGUUAGCUGGUGACUUGUGACUUGGUUGGCAGCUUCUUGCGAAGCCGAAGGAGUAGCGUGUUUUUAUUGCUAAUAAAUUUGUAUAAAGGGUGAAAAGCACAUUUUCCUGGUAUUUUGUUACUGAUAGCAAAGAGCAGGCUUUUGUAGGUUUGAAACUUUUUUCCAUUCUGGUAAUUGCUUAGGGGCCCCUGCAAUUGCUGAUUCAUUUAACUAUAUGAUACUUCUGAGACGAUUUUCAUAGGGGAAGCGCAUGCCAUGGCUGUUUCUA